AUGGACCCUGCUAUAUUCGUAUCCCGCCCGGACCCUGUUAUAUUCGUCUCCCGCAUGGACCCUGCUAUAUUCGUAUCCCACAUGGACACUGCUAUAUUCGUAUCCCGCCUGGACCCUGCUAUAUUCGUCUCCCGCCUGGACCCUGCUAUAUUCGAAUCCCGUCCGGACCCUGUUAUAUUCGUAUCCCACAUAGACCCUGCUAUAUUCGUAUUCCCCCCGAACCCUGUUAUAUUCGUAUCCCCCCUGGACCCUGCUAUAUUCGUAUCCCGCCCGGACCCUGUUAUAUUCGUCUCCCGCAUGGACCCUGCUAUAUUCGUAUCCCACAUAGACCCUGCUAUAUUCGUAUUCCCCCCGAACCAUCUUAUAUUCGUAUCCCGCCUGGACCCUGCUAUAUUCGAAGCCCGCCCGGACCCUGUUAUAUUCGUAUCCCACAUAAACCCUGUUAUAUUAGUAUCCCACAUGGACCCUGCUAUAUUCGUAUUCCAUCCGGACCCUGCUAUAUUCGUAUCCCACAUGGACACUGCUAUAUUCGUAUCCCGCCUGGACCCUGCUAUAUUCGUCUCCCGCCUGGACCCUGCUAUAUUCGAAUCCCGUCCGGACCCUGUUAUAUUCGUAUCCCACAUAGACCCUGCUAUAUUCGUAUUCCCCCCGAACCAUCUUAUAUUCGUAUCCCGCCUGGACCCUGCUAUAUUCGUCUCCCGCCUGGACCCUGCUAUAUUCGUAUCCCGGCCGGACCCUGUUAUAUUCGUAUCCCACAUGGUCCCUGCUAUAUUCGUAUUCCGCCCGAACCCUGUUAUAUUCGUAUCCCGCCUGGACCCUGCUAUAUCCGUAUCCAACAUGGACCCUGCUAUAUGCGUAUCCCGACUGGACUCUUGA